AUGGAGCACUCUAAUAAUGCAUGCAUGACAGAAUUAAGUGCACUAGUGACAAGCCGUCGCUACCUGCUGCUCACGAUGGCAGCCACUGGUAUUGCUGCAACGAGUGCAGUACAGCGUCUGUACGAUAUGUCUCCCUCGGAUCCGCUCGUAUCAACGUUAACGCUCUUUGCAGCGGAGCUCAUGAGCACGCGUAUUAGUGCGGUGAUUGUGCUGCACUUCUUCCUUGUUGUUAUGUAUCAUGUCUUCUUACUGCUCGCACACACGGCGCUAGGCGCGUUACGGCCGGUGGAACUGCAGCAGACCAAAGAGACACUUAUCCCCUUUGUCCUGCUACGCUGUCAGCUGCUCGUGAGCAUAUCUGGACCUACUAAGAUCUCAGGACAGAUUGUUGAAUUGGCACUGCUUGUGGUGUGGCUUGCAACCUUGGUGGUGCUACGUGCUCUACUGGCUCUCACCCAUGCUAGGUUCCAGCAAUUGCUGACGAGACCAAUGACUAAGUUGGAAGACUUGCAACGUGUAGGAGCGGUGCUGGGCAUCAUUGUUGUGCUGGUUUUUGGGCUGGCUACUGUGAGCUCGUGGCUCGGUCUCUUUUCGGAGAGAAUUAUGCAUGUGCCGUGGUUUGAGACAUUGCUGAUGCUGCUCAAGACGCUGGAGCUUGGCGUCCAAGUUGGGUUUCACGGCUUGGAUGUUAGUGCAGCUAGCAUUACAGAAGAUAAGGAGCUGGGAGCAGGGUGCUGGGAAAAUAGCGAGUUUCAUUUGUUGCUGUUGCAGACUGUGUUAUGUGGCUGUUACUUGGUGCAACUUGUGCUGUACUAUUUGUAUGUCGUCAGCUUGGAUCAGUUUCGUGUAAGCGUCUUUGACCUUAUUUUAAUUUUGAAUGUGAAAAAUGCUACUGUACGGCUGCUUGAAAAAGUAAAGUACGUGAAAUUAUACCACCAAGUGGUGAUGGAUCUGGACCAUCUGUUUCCCGAUGCCUCGUCAGAUGAGCUCAAAAGUGUGGCUGAUGAUGUGUGCGCUAUCUGUUUGAAAUCGAUGCCCACACAAGCGAAGAAGCUACACUGCGGCCAUCUUUUUCACCGACUAUGUCUUCGCCAGUGCCUUCAAAAGACAUCCAUGAGUGAUUCUCUCUCAGGCCUGGACCCGUUGGUGCGUAUUGCCAACGGAAUGAGACGGGAAGGCUUACCGCUACGGAUUACUGGAAGUGUUUCUAAAUGCUUCACUUCGAUGCGCUGUCCAAUUUGUCGAAAACAAGUGUGUGGUGGAAAAGACGACGAGAUGACCUUGGUCCAGCCGGAACGUCUCCGCCAGCCCGAGAUAGAAGCAGUAUGGUUUCGAGAAGCAGGGCAAUCGCAGCACCUUGCUACUGCUAACAACGUGCAAGGUGGAGCGCAGGAACAGACAACUAUAGGUGUAAAUGAAGCCGUCCCUGAAGAAGUGCUUCGCUUUAGCACGGCGUUUUUGUCUCGUUGGGUCCCAUUUCCUAAUUUCUCGCUUGAGAUUGUCCGUCAUCCAGCCCAGCGCAACUUCGUGGUGACGCAGGAAAUGUUGCAGCAGAUUUGGGAGAUUUUUCCUCAGUAUACUCUGGAGGAAAUUCGCGCAGACCUAAUCCAAAGUCAGUCGGUAGAGCGCACUAUGGAGCGUAUUUUAAUUGGGCGUUUGGAUGAACAACGAAAUAUUGAUGGUGCGAAUGUCGAUGCAAAUGGGACGCUUGAUGAUGCCGUUAUUGAUUUGAGUCAGAACUCUUGGUAG